UUCCUAUUCCAAAUUCUCUUCCCCCAUCUCUUCUUCUCCACAGUCCACACUGUUCACCUCUUCUCCCCUCUCUCUUCGAUCCCCAAAUCCUGAAUUGACCAACCCAAAUCGGCGCCCGGCAUGGAGUGGACGGUCCCGAAGCCCGCCGCCUCCUCCUCCUCACCUCCGCUCCUCUGGGACUGGGGCGACGCCGCUGCUGCCGCGGCCUCAGGCUCCUCCGGCGAGGUGCCGGCACGGCGGGGCAGCAAGGAGCGGGAGCGGAAGCGUGCCAAGGGAGAGGAGGGUGUAGGAGGGGAGGUGAGGUGCCAGGUCGAGGGGUGCGGGGUGGAGCUCGCCUCCGCCAAGGAGUACCACCGGAAGCACCGCGUCUGCGAGGCCCACACCAAGUGCCCACGCGUCGUCGUCGCCGGCCAGGAGCGCCGCUUCUGCCAGCAGUGCAGCCGGUUCCAUGCGCUGUCGGAGUUUGAUCAGAAGAAGAGGAGCUGCAGGAGGCGUCUGUCUGAUCACAAUGCCCGUCGACGAAAGCCUCAGCCAGAUGCGUUCGCCUUUUCCUCUGCAAGGAUACCAUCAUCAUUAUUUGAUGAUAGGCGGCAAAUAAGUUUUGUCUGGAACAGAGCUCCUCUUAGCCAUGUAAGACCUUUCACUUCUCCAUGGGAUAGUUCAUCUGACUUCAAGCUCCCACAUGUGAAAGAAACAAGAGAGAUAUCGACAAAAGUUGGGACAAUCAUUGGACAAGUUCAUUUGGAUAAAUCUCACCUGUCGAAUGUGAUUCCAACACUUAGCCAUGGCAAAUACGAGCUGUUGCCGGAAGGUCCGGACACAUCUUUAACUGCUUCAAAAUUCGAUGGAGCACCGGAUCUUCAGCGUGCUCUCUCUCUUCUGUCAGCUGGCUCUUGUGGAAUACCUGAUCCUGUACAGCAACCAUCUUGUCUUAUUCAGUUCACCAGAGCCAGCGAGAAUAGCAGUGACCUUCAUUCAUCACAUGGAGAGAACUCUGCUCCAGUCUCAUGCGCUGAUGAACAGCAUAUAGCACGGCAGUCUCAGCUGGUUCGUUUUACCAUGGAUGCCGGCAGCAAUGGCUAUGAGUCCACUUACUUCGGUUCAAACCAGAUCAAUUAAGGUGUGAACGACACAUGCCUCCUGAUCAUUUGGAUAAAUAGCCAUGAAGAUGGGCCAGGGCUUAUGCAAGAACUACUUCAAUCAACUACUGGAGUGCAAAAUCUCUCAGUUAAUGUUAUCUACAUAUUUAUUGGCCAUCCCUGAACUAAGUUGAACGAGCGUAGGCCAGCUUUUGUGUCAGAGUAUGAGUUCCGGCCUGUGACUGACCCAUUUUUUCUGUUGUUUUUCCCCUUGAUGUGCCUACUUGAAAUUUUUACGUGCGACAUUAUUAUUUUUCACUUGUACAACCAACUGUCAUCUGCCGGAUCUCUUUGAAACUGUUCUUGAUGAA